AUGUUAAGUUAUUUUUUGUUGAAUAAAUAUAUUUCAAAUGGUUAUUUAUCAGAAGUUGGAGCAUCACUUAUUGAUCAGAAAUUAAAACUGAAUAUUGUACCUCAAACAAAUAUUGUCGCAUUAGCUGCUCCAACAUUUAAUUAUGGACGUAUCGAUCGUGCUAAAGCACGAACUAAACAACGAAUACGUACACGUUAUCCGGAAAUUGGCAAACGUUUCCAUCGAAUUGGCUUACCACCAAAGGUUGGAAGUUUUCAAUUAUUUGUUCAUGGUUAUGUAGAUGCAAGCUAUUGGUUAAGACAAUGGGAAAUGCAUCGAGAAAUAUCACCAUCAUCGGCUACAAUGAAACGAUUUCAGCAUUUAUUUGAACGAAUGGUUGUCUUGGAUUAUAUUAUUCGAAAUACAGAUCGUGGUAAUGAUAACUGGUUAAUUAAGUAUGAACCAAUAACUGAUCUUAUUGUUGUUCCACAAGAUCCUACACCAAUAAAAGAUACGAUUUCUGUCGAUGAAGCAGCUACCAAUGAAAAUGCUGAAGGAAUUGUACAUAGCAAUAUCGAUCAUGAGACUGCAGAUGGAAAGGAUCGAUUUGUUAUGGAUAUUUUGGACUGUGACGUACAUACAGGAAAUUGGGAUCAAAUGGAUGAGCCGAAAAUAGAAAUAGCUGCAAUUGAUAAUGGAUUAGCUUUUCCGAUCAAACAUCCCGAUGAAUGGCGCACAUAUCCGUAUAGCUGGGCUUGGUUACCAAUGGCAAAAAAUCCGUUUAGUGAGGAAAUUGUUAAUUUGAAAGAUCCAGGUUUCGACAAGAAAAUGUUCGAAUUGCAGCUUAGUGUUUUAAGAGGACAAAUUUUUAAUCUUCGUGAAGCUUUGCGUCUUCGAAAAUCACCUCAACAAUUGGUUCAGAUGCAACCACAAUUAAUAGUAGAAGUGAAAUCAAAAAAGAAGCGACGGUUACGUACGAUAUCACGUUAUAGGCGAUCAAUGAGUACUACUGAUGCAGGUGAAGAAAGUCUUACUGAUCAUCCAUCAUCAUCUGGUAUAUCACUAUCACAAACUCAAUGGCGAAAUAUUAAACCACGAACAUGGCCCGAAGCAUAUCAACAAAAGAUUCAGACACGAUCAGCUUUUUUCACUUGGUGGUAG